ACCUGCGAACUACGCACAGAGCAACCGCCUGAUCUUUUCAACACACUCAACCAGAGAGUUCCCUUGAUACAAUCAAACAACUUCCGACGUACAUAUCUCUGUUGAAAAUUUCUUCGGACUGUAUAAAAGAGAGCCGGGGUUUUCUAUAAGGAUGCAAUCGGUUGUCUGCCUUUUCGGUGCCUUCAUAGCAGCCGCUGUGUUUCAUCCAGGGAGCUGUGUGGAGACGGUUAUAGGUCUGUACGGUGAGACCAUUGAAGUGCCAUGCAACAAUGGAAAUAACAAGCCAGAUGGCCUUAUUUUCACCAAAUGGAAAUAUGUGAAAGAUGACGGCUCUCCCGGCGAUCUUCUCGUGAAGCAGGCUCAGAAAGAUGAGGCGACUGUAUCCGCCACAGACGGCUACAAAAGUAGAGUUAGCAUCGCCGCCAACUCCAGCCUCCUGAUCGCCCGAGGCUCACUGGCCGACCAGAGAGUUUUCACCUGCAUGGUGGUGUCUUUAACCAACUUAGAGGAACACUCUGUGGAAGUGAAAGUUCACAAAAAACCAUCAGCCCCUGUAAUCAAAAACAAUGCGAAAGAACUGGAAAACGGCAAACUGACGCAGUUGGGGGAAUGUGUGGUGGAGAAUGCCAACCCACCAGCAGAUCUCAUCUGGAUGAAGAACGACCAGCCCCUAGUGGAUGACGGCAAGACGAUCAUUAUCACGUCUACUAUCACGAAGGACCCAGUCACAGGUCUGUCCAGUACUUCUUCCCGUCUGCAGUACACAGCUAGGAAAGAGGAUGUAGAAUCUCAAUUCACCUGCAAGGCAAAGCAUGAGAUGGGCCCCGACCAGGUUUCAGAACCCGAGACCUUCCCAAUUCAUUACCCUACUGAGAAGGUGAGUCUACAGGUUGUUUCUCAGAGCCCCAUUAGGGAAGGUGAUGAUGUGACACUGAAAUGCCAGGCGGAUGGAAACCCACCUCCUACCAGCUUCAACUUCAACAUUAAGGGCAAGAAGGUCACGGUGACGGACAAGGAUGUUUACACUCUGACUGGCGUUACCCGAGUGGACAGUGGCAUUUACAAGUGCUCCCUGCUUGACAACGAUGUGAUGGAGUCCACUCAGUUUGUCACCGUGAGCUGUGAGUGGAUGAGCGAUGUGCUCUAUUUCUCUAUAAAUAUUUCAGGGAAUUACAGCGCAGACCCAUCAGUUAUAGGUAUUCCUAAAAUUACAAGUCUGACAAAGCAUCGCAGCAAUGACGGCAAACACAAAGUCUUGACGUGUGAGGCAGAAGGUUCACCUAAACCUGAUGUACAGUGGAGUGUCAACGGAACUAACGAUGAAAUGUCAUAUGUCAACGGGAAGGCCACAUACAAACUGACCGUAGUGCCCAGUAAGAACCUCACCGUCAGCUGUUUUGUGACCAAUAAACUCGGUGAGGACACGAAGGAGAUCAGCGUGUUUUCUCUAUUUGAGGAGGACACGUCCAAACCAGAGAAAAACGAAGAUGGCACCGAGCAGGCCAAAGUGAUUGUGGGUGUCGUGGUUGGACUCCUUGUAGCCGCUGCUUUGGUGGGACUCACCUACUGGCUCUAUAUCAAGAAAACAAGACAAGGCAGCUGGAAGACCGGCGAGAAGGAGACAGGCACUUCAGAGGAGAGUAAGAAACUGGAGGAGAACAAUCAUAAAGCAGAUGUCUAAAAGAGAAGAGAGCCGUCAAAGAAGAACGAAGAAGAAAUGAACCAGGAAAGAGGCCUUGUCACAUGGAAUGUGCAGUACUACACACUUCAAUCAUCUAAUUCCAGACAUCUGAUUGGACAGCGACGCCUCCUUCGGGCUGCUCGUGCGUGUCACGCAUCACAGAAUGUUUUCAGAAUAUUUCCUAUUCCAAAUGAACUGUUUGUUAAAAAAAGAGAAAGAAAAUCCCCCACCACGAUUCAAAAGUGUAAAAGAGAAAACCACUUGUAUUGUAAAUUUAGUCUGCACAGAGGACUGCAUUUAUUUUUGAUCGAUUCUGACUUUUCUUUUGUGUUCCCAGUGAAUGUUCUCGUGUCAUGCGCAUUGCUAAUGUGGUGGGCACAGCUGUUUUGUUCCCCCUCUAGUUAAAAAAAAAAUGUAAAUUCGCUGUACACUUUUUAGGCCUGUGUAAAUACGGGGAGUGCGUUCACUACUUAACGUUGGGAUUAUUGAAAAAAAGAACGGAUAAUAAUGGAUUUUGAGACUGCGUGUUGAUAUUGCACAGUCCCUCAUCGAAAACUCCUUAAGAUCGUGGUCGGAUGCUGGAAGAACGAUGAAUUCACUGCUGUUACACCUCUGUUCGCUCAUGUUUUAUUUAUUGGUACCUCUUUAUGUAACUGUCCUAUGACAUCUAUGUUAUUUCCUCUAGUUCGAAGUGGCUAAGUAGUGAAAACGGGUUUAGAAAUGUAGAGAUUUUCUGCUACACCCAGUGGCCUUCAGGUUGCAUUGCAUGAUGGCAUAGUUGUAGGGCUCUGCGCUCAGCAGAACACAGCCCGCUAGAGUUUAACGUAGACGUGACUUGCAUAUAGUAUAAACAAGCAAACAUCCGCUCUUGGUAUCAGACUGGGUAGUAGCGACCUUGCAUGCAGAGCCUUUAUUUUUUGAUAGGAAGUAAAUAUAAAAGAAUAGCCCCAUUAUUCUGCCUUAACAGAAAGAGUGAGUAUUGGUAGGCAAACUUCAGUCAGUAUGUUAAUGUGAAACUUCACUGUAUAGCCUUUCAGUUUUGCACUUCCCUCAGACUACAAAAACCGCAUUCCUUUUUUUUUUACACAUCAUUUUUUGUAUCUACGAUGUUUGUCAGGUUAAUGUCCGACACUGUAGUCUUUAAGGAUGGGUUCCGUUCAUCGUGGUCUGAAGAAGCUGUAAAUAUGUUUGAAUGUCUUGCUUGUGUUUGGCUAUUUAUAAUGUGUGAGAAAUGCAAGGUUAGCUGUGCUUCUGCUUAGUCACUAAAGAGACCCUUUUUAUUUAAAAUGUAAUCUCACUUUGUCACGCAUAUUCAGUUUCGUCUCCACAAACGAGUGUUUUGAAUGUCCAUGUUUAGCGUAACCGUUAGCGUAAGUCUCGCAUAUUUUGAACCAUCAGGUCAGCAGUGAAACCAAAGAGGGUAACCGCAAAAGAAGGCCAUAAAGUAUUGUAAAUACUGACUUUUGUUUUUGUACUUUUGUUGACAAUAAAAGUGUACAUUUUGAAA